AUGAAUCUUCAACUUUAUGGUUUAAGCAAAUACCAGAACUGCGGAGUUGAGUUGCAGCGAACUGCUAGAAGGAACGAUGAGGCUCCAGGUCAGUUUCGUGGACGAACUGAGAUAGCUCCGGAUCAGAGGGAGAAAUUCUUGCAACGAUUCCAGCAGGUGCAGCAACAAGGUCACAGUACCCUCCUUGGCAUUCCCACCCUUGCUGGAGGAAAUCAUAAGCAGUUUUCUGCUCAACAGCCAAACCCACUCUUGCAACAGUUCAAUUCUCAGAGUUCACCUGUCUCUCAAGCUGGCUUGGGAAUUGGAGUUCAGCCACCUGGUCUCAAUGCCGUUAGUUCUGGUAGCAUGCAACAGCAAUCAAACUCCAUCCAUCAACAAUCUAGUCCACAAGCAUUGAUGUCAAGUGGUCCAAAAGAUGCUGGUAUAGUCAGGCUAUUUAUUUGAGUUAUAGUUUUGCUU